GCCGUGGUUAUGGCCCGUCGCUGGAGCACAAAAGAGUCUCCGCGGUGGACGUCUGCGCUGGUCUUGCUUUUCCUCGCCGGGGUGUACGGAAAUGGUGCUCUUGCAGAACAUUCUGAAAAUGUGCAUAUUUCAGGAGUGUCAACUGCUUGUGGAGAAACUCCAGAACAAAUUCGAGUACCAAGUGGUAUAAUCACAAGCCCAGGCUGGCCUUCUGAAUAUCCUGCCAGAAUCAACUGUAGCUGGUUCAUAAGGGCAAAUCCAGGGGAAAUUAUUACUAUAAGUUUUCAGGAUUUUGAUAUUCAAGGGUCCAGAAGAUGCAGUCUGGACUGGUUGACGAUAGAAACAUACAAGAAUAUUGAAAGCUACAGAGCCUGUGGUUCUACAAUCCCACCACCAUAUAUUUCUUCACAAGACCACGUCUGGAUCAGGUUCCAUUCCGAUGACAGUAUCUCUAGGAAGGGUUUCAGACUGGCAUACUUUUCAGGGAAAUCUGAGGAACCAAACUGUGCUUGUGACCAGUUUCGUUGUGGUAAUGGAAAGUGUAUACCAGCAGCCUGGAAAUGCAAUAACAUGGACGAAUGUGGAGAUAGUUCUGAUGAAGAGAUCUGUGCCAAAGAAGUGAAUCCUCCAACAUCGGCCGCUUUCCAACCCUGUGCUUACAACCAGUUCCAGUGUCUAUCUCGGUUUACCAAAGUUUACACUUGCCUCCCCGAAUCUUUAAAAUGUGAUGGGAACAUUGACUGCCUUGACCUUGGAGAUGAGAUAGACUGUGAUGUGCCAACUUGUGGGCAGUGGUUAAAAUAUUUUUAUGGUACUUUUAAUUCUCCCAAUUAUCCAGACUUUUAUCCUCCCGGAAGCAAUUGCACCUGGUUAAUAGACACUGGUGAUCAUCGUAAAGUCAUCUUACGCUUCACUGACUUUAAACUUGAUGGUACUGGUUAUGGUGAUUAUGUCAAAAUAUACGAUGGAUUAGAGGAGAAUCCACACAAGCUUUUGCGUGUGUUAACUGCUUUUGAUUCUCAUGCGCCGCUCACUGUCGUGUCUUCUUCUGGACAGAUAAGGGUACAUUUCUGUGCCGAUAAAGUCAACGCUGCCAGGGGAUUUAAUGCUACUUACCAAGUAGACGGCUUCUGUUUGCCAUGGGAAAUACCCUGCGGAGGGAACUGGGGGUGUUAUACGGAGCAGCAGCGCUGUGAUGGGUAUUGGCAUUGCCCAAACGGAAGGGAUGAAAUCAAUUGUACCAUGUGCCAAAAGGAAGAGUUCCCAUGUUCCCGGAACGGCGUCUGUUACCCUCGUUCUGAUCGCUGCAACUACCAGAAUCAUUGCCCAAAUGGCUCCGAUGAAAAAAACUGCUUUUUUUGCCAGCCAGGAAAUUUUCAUUGUAAAAACAAUCGUUGUGUGUUUGAAAGCUGGGUGUGUGACUCUCAGGACGACUGUGGCGAUGGCAGCGAUGAGGAGAAUUGCCCGGUAAUCGUGCCUACCCGAGUCAUAACUGCAGCCGUCAUAGGGAGCCUUAUCUGUGGCCUGUUACUGGUCAUUGCCUUGGGAUGUACUUGUAAGCUUUAUUCUCUGAGAAUGUUUGAACGAAGAUCAUUUGAAACACAGUUGUCCAGAGUGGAAGCAGAAUUGUUAAGAAGAGAAGCUCCUCCCUCUUAUGGACAAUUGAUUGCUCAGGGUUUAAUUCCACCAGUUGAAGAUUUUCCUGUUUGUCCACCUAAUCAGGCUUCUGUUUUGGAAAACCUGAGGCUAGCUGUACGGUCUCAGCUUGGAUUUACUUCAAUCAGACUUCCUAUGGCAGGCAGAUCCAGCAACAUCUGGAAUCGUAUUUUUAAUUUUGCAAGAUCACGCCAUUCAGGGUCAUUGGCUCUGGUCUCAGCAGAUGGGGAUGAGGUUGCCCCUAGUCAGAGUACCAGCAGAGAACCUGAAAGAAAUCAUACUCACAGAAGUUUGUUUUCUGUGGAAUCUGACGACACAGACACAGAAAAUGAGAGAAGAGAUACGGUAGGAGCAUCUGGCGGGGUUGCAGCUCCUUUGCCUCAAAAAGUCCCUCCCACAACAGCGGUAGAAGCAACAGUGGGAGCAAGUGGAAGUUCCUCCACUCAGAAUCCCCGAGGUGGCCACACGGAGACCGGACGGGAUGUGACAAGUGCGGAACCCCCAAGUGUGAGUCCGGCGCGUCACCAGUUCACAAGUGCGCUAAGUCGUAUGACUCAGGGGCUACGUUGGGUACGUUUUACAUUAGGGCGUUCAAGCUCCGUAAGUCAGAACCAGAGCCCUUUGAGACAACUUGAUAAUGGGGUAAAUGGAAGAGAAGAAGAUGAUGAUGUCGAAAUGCUAAUUCCAGUUUCUGAAGGAGCUUCAGACUUGGAUGUGAAUGACUGCUCCAGACCUCUUCUUGAUCUUGCCUCCGAUCAAGGGCAAAGGUUCAGACAACCGUAUAGUGCAGCAGACCCUGGAGUAAGACCAAGUAAUCGCGAUGGCCCCUGUGAGCGCUGCGGUAUUGUCCACACUGCCCAGAUACCAGACUCUUGCUUAGAAGCAACGCUGAAAAAUGAAACGAGUGAUGAUGAAGCUUUGUUACUUUGUUAGGUACAAGAAUCCCAUCAGGGGGAUUGGAUACAAGUUGGAGCAAUAUCCAUUCAUUGUUUUGGAACUUUACAAUUAAACUAGUUUUAAUUUAAAAAGAAAA